AUGAGACUAUUGGGUAUCGCGAGUCUCUGUGCCCUGGUCCUCUUGGCGCACGCCGAGGACGCUAAGAAGGUGACGGAGGCGGACAGCAAGCCAGCAGAGAGCGAGAAGAAGCAGGAUAAGCGCGGUCUGCAUGGCUUCGGGUCUUUCGGUGGUCACGACUUCGGUGAAUCCCAUCAUCAUCACGAGAAGACCGUCACUGUCGUGAAGAAGGUCCCAGUUCCAUAUCCCGUCACCAAGCACAUCCCCGUGCCAGUGGAGAAGCAUGUGCCCGUGCCAGUGAAGGUUCCUGUUCCUCAUCCCUAUCCCGUGGAGAAGGUGGUACACUAUCCAGUCAAGGAGAUCGUCAAGGUGCCCGUGAAGGUGCCCCAGCCCUACCCAGUGGAGAAGAAGGUGCCCUACCCCGUGCAUGUGCCCGUGGAGCGUCCAGUGCCCGUCAAGGUUUACGUGCCACAUCCCUAUCCAGUGGAGAAGAAGGUCCAUGUCCCAGUGAAGGUGCCCGUCCCGGCUCCGUACCCAGUGGAGAAGAAGGUGCCCUACCCAGUUAAGGUGCCCGUCCAUGUGCCUAAGCCCUACCCAGUGGAGAAGGUCGUUCACGUGCCCGUGAAGGUGCCCUAUGAUCGCCCAGUGCCUGUGCAUGUGCCCAAGCCAGUUCCCGUCCACGUUGAGAAGCCAGUGCCCUACCCAGUUGUGAAGAAGGUGCCCUACCCCGUGCAUGUUCCCUACGAUCGCCCAGUGCCUGUGCACGUUGAGAAGCCUGUCCCUGUGCACGUUAAGGUGCCAGUGCCUCAUCCUUACCCAGUGGAGAAGCACAUCCCUGUGCCAGUCGAGAAGCACGUUCCCUACCCAGUGAAAGUUCCCGUCGAGCGCCCAGUGCCUGUGCACAUCGAGAAACACGUGCCCUACCAUGUGGAGAAACACGUGCCGUACCCCGUGAAGGUGCACGUGCCCGUGCAUCACGAGGAACACCACCACCAUCACGAUGAUGGCGGCCACGCUCUGUCCAGCCACUUGUCCGACCACACGCUGGACCUCGGCGGCCACAGCGAGGAAUUCGGUGGCGAUCAUGGCGGUGACUUCGAGGGUCUGUCCGGCGGCUACGAGCAUCACGAGCACCACGACUUCGGGUCCCACCAUCACCACCACUAA